CCCAGCAGCCCCCCGCCACUACCACCCAGCAGCCCCCCGCCACUACCACCCAGCAGCCCCCCGCCACUACCACCCAGCAGCCCCCCGCCACUACCACCCAGCAGCCCCCCGCCACUACCACCCAGCACAGCCCCCCGCCACUACCACCCAGCAGCCCCCCGCCACUACCACCCAGCAGCCCCCCGCCACUACCACCCAGCAGCCCCCCGCCACUACCACCCAGCAGCCCCCCGCCACUACCACCCAGCAGCCCCCCGCCACUACCACCCACAGCCCCCCGCCACUGCCACCCAGUAA